UCGGUUUUAAGACUGGAAGAAGAGAAAGCAGGAAACUCUUCUGCUACUUUGACUCUGUGGGUACUGCUGGCCGCCAAGCCACCAUUAGCUGCUUCUCCUUGUAGCCUCCGUUGGGUCUCACUCCUUUUUGCUUGCUUUCCAUUGCCAAUUUGGAACAGAAAACACUUUUCACUCUCACUGGAUUCCUCAAUCAUUCCAUCCGCUCCUACUUCUAGAUAAUUUUUCUGUUUUUCGUUUUCUCCAAAUUUUCUGUGCAGAACUGGGUGAACAACACGAAAGCCAUAAAAUCUCUAACAAAAACUUGCAAACCCAUGAACAAUUCAAUGCGCACUUGGAACAUAACUUACAAAGAUUUGAAUAAUAUGUCCUUCAGGUUUUCGUAGAUCUUGAAGUUUAUUUGCUUGGAGCACCAGAAAUUACUUUCUCAGUUAAGUCAUCUGUAUAUAUAUAUAUAUAUAUAUAUAUAUAUGACCAGUUCACUGCUACAAAUGGUCAAGUCCAAGAAGAGACUGAAAAGUAAUUAGGCUAGCAAUACUUGCUAUCUGUCUUGCUGCUAGGUGAGAACUCAACUAUCACUUAUAUAAACGCAACUACACAGUUAACAAAAAAAGCUCCAAGACCCAAAAAAAAAAGGAAAAAAAAGAAGGGACUGAAAUGUUUCCAAACGGUCAUUAAUAUAUGAAUAUGGAACGUGUGUUUUGCCAAAGAUAUUCUAUAGAUUCAAGCACAAAUUUAUGUGACUUUGGGGCCAAAGCUUAAUUGGUCAUUAAGAUUUUUUAAGGACUCUGGAGAGAACAUGGUUUCAUUGGCUCAGUUUGAUGACAAGCUUUCAUUUCGGUGGUCUGCUGUUUUAUGAUUUAUCAGACAUGAACAGGUGUUGGAGGAUAGCCAUGACAAGGCAAGCUCUCUAUCUACUUGACCGGUUUAACCACAGCAUCCUCCACUUUCUAAAUUCCACCACAGUUUCUUUAUCACACACACGACUGGCUCAUGCUUACAUACUCAAAACUGGACUUUCCAAUGAUAACCAUCUCACUACUAAACUCCUUUCUCUAUAUGCCAAUAAUUUCUGCUUUCUAGAUGCAAAUCUGAUCCUUAAUUCAAUUCCCAACCCCAACUUGUUCUGUUUCUCCACUCUUAUACAUGCUUUUUCAAAGCUAAAUAAUUUUGGUCACUCACUCAGGGUCUUUUCUCAAAUGUUAACUCAUGGAAUUCUUCCAGACAGUUAUCUCUUUCCCAGUGUUGUCAAGGCCUGUGCUGGGUUACCAUCCUUGAAAGCUGGUCGGCAGCUUCAUGGAAUUAUAUCUGUAUCAGGGUUUUCCUCCGAUGCAUUUGUGCAGGCCUCUUUACUGCAUAUGUACCUUAAAUGUGGUCAUCUCAGGGAAGCACACAAGCUAUUUGAUGGAUUGUCCCAGCGGGAUAUGGUCAUUUGGAGCGCUUUGAUUGCUGGGUACUCUAGAUUUGGAUGUGUAGAUGAGGCCAAGGUACUCUUCUAUGAGAUGAGGAAUGCAGGUUUAGAACCCAAUACGGUGUCAUGGAAUGGAAUGAUCACAGGUUUCAAUCAUAGUGGCUUAUAUUCCGAGGCAACAUCCAUGUUUCAGAAGAUGCAUUUAGAAGGGUUUCAGCCUGAUUCUGCUACAAUUUCUAGUGUUCUUUCUGCCAUAGGAGACUUGAAAGAUUUUGAUAUGGGGAUCCAGGUUCAUAGUUAUGUGGUCAAGCAGGGACUUGGGCCAGAUAAGUGCAUUGUCAGUGCCCUUAUUGAUAUGUAUGGAAAGUGUUCCUGUACAUUAGAGAUGUCAGAAGUUUUUAAUGAAUCAGAUCAAAUGGAUGUUGGCGCUUGCAAUGCUUUGGUUACAGGGCUCUCACGAAAUGGUCUCGUUGACAAUUCGAUGGAGGCAUUUAGGAGAUUUAAGGGCCAAGAAUUGGAAUUGAAUAUUGUAUCUUGGACAUCCAUAAUUGCAUGUUGUUCUCAAAAUGGGAAAGAUAUGGACGCUUUGGAACUUUUUAGAGAGAUGCAGUUGGAGGGUCUGAAACCAAACUCUAUAACAAUCCCUUGCUUGCUUCCAGCUUGUGGCAAUAUUGCAGCAUUAAUGCAUGGGAAGGCAGCCCACUGUUUCUCUAUUAGGAUUGGAAUCUCAAAUGAUGUAUAUGUGGGUAGUGCAUUGAUUGAUAUGUAUGCAAAAUGUGGUAGAAUCGAAUUGUCCCAGCUUUGCUUUGAUAAAAUGCCCAACAGAAACUUGGUUUCUUGGAAUGCCAUUAUGAAAGGAUACGCAAUGCACGGGAAGGCUAAGGAAACCAUGGAGAUGUUCCAUGAGAUGCAGAGGAGUGGACAAAAGCCUGAUUUAAUAAGUUUUACUUGUGUGCUAUCUGCAUGUAGCCAGAAAGGCCUAACAGAUGAAGGGUGGUUUUAUUUUAAUAGCAUGUCCCAAGAGCAUGGUAUAGAAGCUAGACUGGAGCAUUAUGCUUGCAUGGUAACACUGCUUGGCCGUGCUGGAAAACUUGAAGAGGCUUAUUCAAUGAUAAAGAGAAUGCCAUUUAAACCAGAUGCAUGUGUAUGGGGAGCUUUAUUAAGCAGUUGUAGAGUUCACAAUAAUGUGGGGUUAGGUGAGAUUGCUGCAGAACAUCUCUUUAAAUUAGAACCAAGAAAUCCGGGGAAUUACAUUCUUCUGUCCAAUAUUUAUGCUUCGAAGAGCAUGUGGAAUGAAGUGGACAGAGUGAGGGAUAUGAUGAAUAGCAUGGGUCUUAGGAAAAAUCCUGGUUGUAGUUGGAUUGAGGUAAAAAAUAAAGUUCAUAUGCUUCUUGCAGGAGACAAACUGCAUUCUCAAAGGAAACAAAUUAUUGAAAAAUUAAAUAAAUUGAGUGUAGAGAUGAAGAAAUCAGGUUACUUUCCCAAUCAUAAUUUUGUGCUGCAAGAUGUAGAUGUGCAGGACAAGGAUGAGAUUUUGUGUGGACAUAGUGAGAAGUUGGCCAUCGCAUUUGGGCUUCUGAACACUCCUUCAGGAUACCCUUUAAGGGUAAUUAAGAACCUUAGAAUCUGUGGUGAUUGCCAUGUGGUUAUAAAAUUCAUCUCCAGUUUUGAAGGAAGAGAAAUUUCUGUAAGAGACACAAAUCGUUUCCAUCAUUUCAAAGAUGGAGUUUGUUCUUGUGAGGAUUUCUGGUGAGUUACCGGCUUGUUCCAGUGGGAGAUUAUUCAUCAAACGAAUGAAACAUGUUCAUGUUACUAUGUCCUUCUGUAAGAGUGCAAGCGUUAGAUGAAUUGAAUUCAAAGCAAUCCAGAGAGCAGCAUUCUAAGAAUAGUUAUUUACAUGGACAAUAGCUAGUUCAGUUGGAGUAAUAGAUUCAGAUGAAGAACUGGGGUGAUGGUUACUUCUUUUUCUUAUAUAUGCUGUUUGCAUCCCAUGGUUGAGGCCGAAGAAUUUUGACAUUUACAAUUUGUUUAUUUAAUUGUCAUCUAGUUUUACAUGAUAAAACGUUAAUUUUGGUCCACUAAGUUUGUUCAGUGAUUUAUAUUAAUAUGAUGUCUUCUUUUGUGUUUUAAUCAAUUUCCAAAGUGUUAGUUUUUGUUUAAACGGGCCAGUAAUUCUCUCUACAUGGGAUCCUUUAUUCGUUACACAUAUCCUAUAUCCAUAGGUAUUUCUGAAAUCUUUCAAGAAGAUGCAAUUAGCCUUUUAUAUAUAGGUGGCAUGAAGUUUGUCUUUCUGUUCUCGUAUUCAAAUCUGUUACUAAGGCAUAUAUUUAUUUCAGAGGCAAAUUCCACCUUUUCUUUUUAGGGAGCAACCCAGAAGCAGAUGAGAUGCUGAAGAUGUGGAAGAAAAUCAUGUGAAGGAGUCAUGGGAGGAUGAAGGUGAACCUACUCUGUGAUGGGAUCAAGAAUCUCCAAUGCAACGAAUUGCUGAUAAGCCCAUCAGUAAAGCUGCAGCAAAGGCAGCUGACAAGAACAGAAAAGCCAUUAAAGCAGCUGUUGAACAACCACUAGAUCCUGUCGCCAAGAAACUUUGCUAACAAAGGUGAUGGAGAAUAGUAAUUGAAUAAGCAGUAUCAAUAAUUUGUUUGCAACAGUCUUAAGAAUAUCCACAAUAUUAAUGAAGGUUCAUGAAUUAAUCUAAAUUCUUGUACAUGAACCAUAUUUAAUUAGUUAGUAAUAUCUAGGUUUGUUAAUAUCUCUUGCGGCAUGUACCACAUUAAUUAUGUGUUUUCAAGUUCAUGUACUUAGAUCUCUAUACAAAAAGAAUAUCGAUGAAUAGAGAUGCAGAUAUUAUCCAAUAGAGAUGGAAAACAUGCAGAUAUUAUCCAAUAGCGAUGGAAAACAAACCUAGGUGUAAUGCCUAUGGUUUCUAGGAGUGCUUCCUAGAGUUUACUGGUGUUAUUCUAGCAUCCUAUAUUUAAUUCUUCAAGUUUGUUUCUGUUGUCGUACAUCACCUAUGGUUUCUAGGAGUGAUUCCUACUCGUGUGAUGCUACCAACCUAUCUUUAAUUUUUCAUCUUUGUUUCCGUCCUACAUUGGAAUGUUUGUGUGCUAGUGUGGUUUCUGUUUAUCCUGGAUGCUUAUUAUUGUUACGUACACAGGAAUUACUCCCUGAUUUUGAAUGGAGAGUGCUAUAUGUAUUGGGUUAUAUAUAUGAAAUACAGCAAGGUUGUCAAAGAUCUUGUCCUAUGCAUACUAAAGAAUAGUUUGCUAAGAGAUGAUGAGAAAACACUUGAUACUCCCAAAGUUGAAAGUGAGUUACUAGAAUUUGCAUAACUCAUUUGUUACAUAACUAGACCAUUUGAGGUUCGUCUAAGUGUUGGUUUUUCCUUCCAAAAGAUUGGGGAAAGUUUGGACUUAGUAUGCAACAAGUUUCCAUUAUAUUGCACUACAUUUCAAGGCGCUGAUGAGACCGUCAAGGACUUCACUUUAAGAUUUAUAUGGUUCUUAGCACUAUUAGCCUUUUGUGGAAGCUAAAGAUUAUUGUUUCUGAAUAUGGCUAUAUAUAUAUAUAUAUAUGGUUCAACCAUCAAUUAGAUUGAAAAUAAAUAAAGUGCCAUAAAAUGGAUUUAGUGUUGGGUGUAUUCUUACGGAGAAGUUGCAUCGAAUGGGAAGUUUUCUAUUUUCAUUUCAUAUCUUUUUCGUUUUCUUCUUUUAUUUUAUUAUUGUUCUCCUAUUUCUUACCUUGGUAUUUCUUUUUUCUUUUUUCAUUUUUUUGGUUUUGUUUAGCUACUUUUGCUGAAUUUUGCUGCUCAGUUGUCUCUUUCAAGACUCUGUGACUUUGUCGCUGGUCUCCAUAGAAUUCGCAAACAAGAAGCGGGUGAUCAAUCACAAGCCAAAAAUAUCUGAAAAGAACUAGCAAAUGCAUGAAGAAUUCAUAAUGCAAUUGGAAGAUAACCAUAUGCAUGAAGACUUCAUAAUGCAAUUGGAAGAUAACUUACAAAGGUACAAAGUUUCCAACAGAUUUAUUGUUUUGAACACACACACACACACACACACACACAAAAAAAAAAAAAAAAAAAAAAAAAAAAAAAAAGGAUAUGUAGUAGGCAUAUUGCAAGUGUAAUGAAGUCCAUCCAUAUGACCAAUAUUCAAUUUAGAUUUUAUUUUUUUGCUAUUUAUGAUUGUGUAUUGCUUUAGAUAUUGUGGUCAUAUUGUUCUAUCUUGUGGGCAAUAGUGUAAAAGUUACUUUGGUUUGAAUUAUGUAAAUAUGUGUCUUUAGAUGGUUACUAAUUGGCUUGGUAGACUUUAAUAAUUUUAUGUUAGUAUUUUCAUAGGUUUACAAUAAAAUGGUAUAAUUGGCUCGAUUUCCUCAAUGAAUAAUUGAAAGAGAUAGAGAUUUGAAACUUCGAUGGAUAGGGAUGGAAAAAUUCAGGCAUUUGAACUACUUUAAUUGAGCAUGAGGCUUUAUUGUUUUGUUUCGAGGAUUCUUUUUCCCUUUGACUGCCUAUGGAUUGUCCAUUUUGUGUAACAGACAAAGAAAUGGAUUUUUGAGGUGUUUUGUUUUUGUUUUUUUUUUUUGUUUUUUUUGAAAUAAAGAUACUAUUAUAAGAUAAAUGAGUUGUGGUGCAUUUUUUAGUAUUAGAAGUGAAAAAUGGAUCAAGUAUGCCCAGUAGUUAUCGGGUCUAUAAACCUUGUUUUACAUCUAUCUAUUUUGCUAGUUUAAAUUAAUGUUUGGUCUUAUGCUGUUAUCUAUGUGCUUUCUUUUCAUCCUCUAUCAAUUGAUGUCUCCAACUAGAGGAUUUGUGUAUUCAAACCUUGUUAUUAGUUAAAAUAUGUUCACCGUGCAGAUAUUUUAUUCCUUUUCUAUUUGUUUAUCUUUUCAAGCCCUAUAUCUUUCAUGUUAAAUUUGGAUUUUAAUAUGGCUUUUGUAUUUUGGACCAUAUUAUUGUCAUUAUCUACAAUCAGUAUAUCAUUUACAUACAAACAAAGAAUGGCGUAUAUAUUCUCUGUAUCUUUUACAUAAACACAUCUGUCACUCAUUUAUUUUAAAUUCAUUAUUUAGAAUGGCAGGAUCAAAUUUUUGA